AGAUUUGACAUUGAAAUAUAAUAAGUGGAGGCUUGUUAAUGGCGGUGAAAAUAGUGGUGGUGUAUAUUCGCGUACCCUUAUUUGUUUUUAUGUGAGGAUGUAGAUGUAGGUGGUUGUUAAAGUUCUAUGUUCGUGAGGGAAUGACUGUGUAUUUCUACCACUACAUGCAUGGAAUGUUUGUCACAAUAUUCUGGUAGUGAAAAUUUGGCGUUUUUCUUUAUAUUUUACUGUGACUCGUUUGUUAUGGUUGAUUAGAAAACGUACCUGGUAUUGACCAAAACGUAGGCAGGAGAGCUACGCAUGUAGAAAAUCGCAAAAUUUACGAGAAAUUUGAGGGUUGCUGUUUAUAACGGAAGUAACGAGGCUCCAGUUUACGUCGCUGCCAGACGAAAAAAUAAAUCAUGGCAGCUCGAAGAAAGACGAUUUUGAAAGUAGUGGUACCCGAUUCACCGCCAGUAUUAACCCCGCCACGAAACCUUGAUAAAAGAACAACAAUUACUAUUGGAGAGAAGACUUUUGUUGUAGAGGCUGAUGAUCUAGAGAAAAUUUCUGACCUUGGCAGUGGUGCCUAUGGUGUUGUUGAGAAAAUGCGUCAUAUUCCUAGUGGAACAAUCAUGGCAGUAAAGAGAAUAGCUGCUACUGUGAAUACCCAAGAACAGAAAAGACUGCUUAUGGAUCUAGAUAUCUCGAUGCGCUCUUCUGAUUGCCCAUAUACAGUCCAAUUUUAUGGUGCAUUAUUUCGAGAGGGUGACGUAUGGAUUUGCAUGGAGGUUAUGGACACAAGUCUUGACAAAUUUUAUGUCAAAGUAUACAAGCAUGAUCGCACAAUCCCAGAAGAUAUCCUUUGCAAGAUAACAUUCGCAGUUGUUAGUGCAUUGCAUUAUCUGCACUCAAAGCUGCGCGUGAUUCAUCGUGAUGUAAAACCAUCAAACAUUUUAAUCAACAGGAAGGGCGAAGUGAAAAUGUGUGACUUUGGAAUUUCUGGUUAUCUUGUUGAUUCAGUUGCAAAGACUAUUGACGCAGGAUGUAAACCCUACAUGGCUCCAGAGCGCAUUGACCCAACAGGCAAUCCUUCACAGUAUGAUAUUCGCUCUGAUGUUUGGAGCCUAGGCAUCUCUCUUAUUGAACUUGCCACAGGCAAAUUUCCAUAUAAAACAUGGGGUACACCAUUUGAACAAUUGAAGCAAGUUGUGAAAGAUGAUGCACCAAGACUGCCUCCUGAUACAUUCUCACCAGAGUUCGAAGACUUCAUCUGCCAGUGCUUGCAGAAAGACUUCACAGAGAGACCCAACUAUGAAAAGUUGCUCAAGCAUCCUUUCUUAACUCGGCAUCAGAAUGUGGACGUAAAUGUUUCAGAGUUUGUGAGUGAGAUUUUAGACCUGAAAGAUGAGGAAGCAUAGUAACUUCACUCAGGCACAUGAAGUACAAUAUAGAAAUACAUUGUGCUCAGUAUUCCUCAGUUUUUGGAAAACUGCAUGUUGUUAAAAAGUUUCUAGUAUUGCACCACAGCAAAGAUUCCAAAAUUUUUCUACUGCCAGAUGACACAUUGGUGUUAACACUUUGUACAUUUGAUUCACCUUUGUUUAAUAGCCUUGUAAAUAAUAUAGAGGUAUCUUACUGUGUAGAAGUGUGCCUUUUGAGUCCAAGCAGUUUUAAACAGUGUUUGAACAUCUAGAACGUAAAGUUGUCAGUGUUCUGAGCUGUGUACUGUGAUAUGCGUAAUUUAGGCCAUUACUGAUUUUCAGUACUUCUUCAUAACAGGUGCCUUUGCACGGUGCAUUCUGUUGUGGGUUUAAAGUAUGUGUUACUAUCCUGCAACUUCCUGUUGAAUCACUGUAGUGAUCAAAGACAGUUUGUAAUGAUCUAUUGCAAAUUCUUGAGGUUAUCAAAUUUUGUCUUGAACUUUGUAAAGCAUCUAUCUAAGAACAUAAAAUGCUAACUGUAAAUGACUAUCACACUGCAGAAACCAAUAUUAUUAUUGGUUAUGUUGCAGGACAAAAUUUAAGCAUUUAGAAAUUUGUUGUUGGAAGUGUGCAGUUUUGACACCAGACAACUGUCUCAUUGAUUUAUCAAAUUUGUUUUGUAUACUAAUAUGUCAACUGUGGCAGCUGUGCCUGUCUGCAAUGUACUAAGUGCAAAACAUAAAGAUGUAUUUUCGUUGUUGUUGUUGACAAAUAAACUGGCAUAAUUAUUGUAGCCAACAUAAGAAAUAUACCACUUGUGCCAGUCCAUUAGCAUGCGGUUUCUAUUCUGUAAAAAAAAUCAGCUUGUGCAGUUAAUUGACUUAUUAGACUUUUUUAUUGAAGCCAUUUAAAGGAAUGAAUAUCCAUAUUAAAUAUGGUUGAAAUAACAUACUACUAUUUUUCAUGUCUUACAAUUUGAACUGAUAUACUUAUUCGAUCUUCAAAAGUUUUUACACUUCAGAUUAUUUUGAUCAGCCAGAAACACAAAAAAGUCAUGUCUAUACAAAUUAGAUGAAUGCCUACUGGGGCUCUCAGGUUAACAGUUAAAAGUGAAAAUACACACCACAAAUUACUUUGUUUGGGACACAACUGCACAUCUGACUCUUCAGUUAUCAACUGGGUGAAAUUCUUUAUAAACACUGUAUGUUGCAGAAUGUUGUACAAUGAAUGGAAAAUGAAAACCAGUAGGGGGUUCGGUGAAAAUAUGUUGACUGUUCAGAUUGCUAGACUGACAGUUUUGCUGCUUUUCUUAGUUAACUGUGUGUCUUUGAUUUUGUUCUUCCAAUAUAACAUGCAAGUUUUUGAAAUUUUGUCAUAUUUCAUAGAGGUUUAAAGAGGUAGCACUAUUUUCAGUGCCUUUAUUUUGUUUGUGCUUAACAAAAGUAAAAAUAUCGUGACUUUUAAACUCUUACAAAAGGGGUGCCUUAUUUACUCCUCUUAGUUAAGGAGUCAAAUUUAAAUUAAUUUAUUAAAGACGAGUAUCUCCUCCUUGGAUGUAUUAUUCAGCUCAUUCAUUUUAAGUUUCAAGCCAGUUAUUUUUGCUACAUUCUACAUUGUCAACUUAACUGAAUAAUCCAAAAAGAAGCAUUCUGGCACUACUGAUACAUUUAAUCUAUCUGUAUGUAUUAUAUUUUUUAGUUAAUAAAUCAACACAUACAGUAAUGUUCUUUUAAAAUUAACAUAGACCUACCUGCCUUCAGUUAAGACAAGCAAGCACAGCCUUUAACAAUGAGACUCAAAUUCUUAAUCAUGUCCUUUCAACCACGCCUUUGAUCAUGCAUAAACAAAAAAUGAUUGGCUUCAAGUCAAAAGGACUAGUCUAUAAUUGAUUUUUAAGUGUUUUGUCUUGGAUGCCUCUUAUGUACUGAAGAUAGGAAUUCAGAUCUUUUACAGUAUAUGAUGCGCAUGCACAUGCACUUGUGUGCACCUCCUCCCCUCUCCCCCCUCCCAGUCCCCCUCCCAACUAGACCAACUCGGAGAGCAGAGGAAUAGGUGUGUGUGUGUGUGUGUGUGUGCGUGUGUGUGUGUGUGUGUGUGUGUGUGUGUGUGUGUGUGUGUGUGUCAGUCAUUGGAGGUGUUCUACCAUUACCUGCAGUCUUUUUCAUUUGCUCCUGUAAUAGAAUGAAUUCCUCUUAUUGUAAUAAAUUAUUGUUGGAUAUGAAAAUAAAAAUUCUAAAAUUGA